GUUCUUUUCCGCCAUUAAUUCAAUCUCUGCUCAAAAAUACAAUCUUUAAACGAAAUUCAUAAGCUUUAAUUCAAAGGGUCGAAGUAAAAAUCUGUAAUUUUUUCGUUUUUAUUGAAAAUAAUUUGAAAAUUUGAAGACCCAAUUAUGGAGAAUUCAAGCUCUGAAUCUUCAAAAGGAAAGAAACGACAGCGAGAGUCAGUCGAAGAACCCGAAACAAGCGAUAUUGAUCAUAUUAUAUCCUUAGAGAAAAGUCUUAUCUUUAGCGAUACAAUGGUGGCGAUUCGGAUAAUGAGAGCUCAAUUUCCUCAUAUUGACAAGGUUUCAAUUAAGCCAUUUAUUUUGAAGUCACAAUUGUAUAGCAGUGUAAAGGACAGAACCCAAGUCGACAGGGAUUUAGAGUCGCUGAAAAGAGAUAAAGUAUUGCGUAUUUUUAAGUUGAGUUCUGGACAGGAUGAUCAUGCAAUAAUGUUGUUAGAUGACUAUCUGAAUCAGAUAGAACGAGUCAUGAAAAGAUCCGAAGAUAGGAAGCUUGACAACCUUGAAGUUUUUGAGUGGUUUAAAACACAUGUUAUUGAUUCCAAGUUGGAACCUAGCAUUGAACAUCAAGAGCUUCGUACGCUCUUAUCGCUCGGGGGAAAGGUGAAGGAUGAGCAUAUCUCUGUACUAAUUCACGCCGGUCUUCUUGUGAACUCGGCAAAUUAUGGAUCCAAACAUGUACUGGCUUGCAAUUCCGAAUAUUGGUUCAGUGCUGAAGGGCCUUUCUCAGGGGAGAAAAGAAGUUCUUUCUCUUCUUAACCGUAGGCGAUACAAAGAAAUGAUGAUGGUUACUUUAGAGAAGACGCGUCUUCGAUCAUCGCCACUUGAUAUGAGGUUUCAUCUUCGUGAUCUGAUUGGUUCGGGUCACCUCAAAACUAUCCAGACACCAACUGGCAUAGCUGUUCAAGUGGCGAAACACUGAAAAAAGCUUAGCUCGAAACAAAUUCAUCGAUGCAUUAAUGUGAGCUCGUUUUUCAUCUUUCGAUCCUUAAUACGAUAAACAUAGAUUGUUUGUUUAGAGAUUCUUCCAAUUUAUGACUGGCUAAGUGAAAAGAGAGAUGUCAACUAAAAAAUUAGAAGUAUAAAAGAUAAAAUUAAUGAAGUUAGAGGUAAACUAAAAUUAGAAAGCUGUCAUUAUGUUCUUUCUGGUUUAAGUUAUUGAUGAAUUUUUCAUCUAUUGGUUAGAUAAAAGAGUUUGUAAAUUUCAACAAUUAUAAAUUCAUUAUUCAGAUUAUUGAGAAAAUCUCAUUCAAAUUCAAA